CGAAGGAUCGGACGCACCUUUUUGUACUGUAUUAACUAAAAAAAUGGCUGUUUCAUGGUCUAUUGAGGAAGUACAGACGUUCCUCUCGUUGGUAGCGGAUCCAGCGAGAGCUUGAUGGGGCGACGCGGAAUGAAAAAGUUUUUCAGGAGGUCGCUAAGCUCUUGGCCGCACACAGCUACCAUCGGACUUACAAACAGUGUAGGGACAAGUUUAAAAAAAAUGAAGAGCGACUACAGAAGUAUAAAGGACCACAACAGCCGGAGUGGUUUAAACAGGCGGUCGUGGAAGUGGUUCGGCCAAAUGGACGCAAUCUACGGAGGCAGACCAACGAGCAAAGAAAGGGAGGGUGCCCUGAACUCGGCCACGCCAUUGUUGUUGGAGAACACGAUCGAGGAUGACUCAUUGUGCACGAUCGAUUCACUUGCACUUUCUACAUGCAAGGACGACGACUCCUCUUCCCAAGCGGUGCUAGCAGCGUCUCCACCACGCCCGCCAACACCAUCACCCUCCAGCUGCACGGCGACACCGCAGCGUGUGUUAACGGGCAAGAGGAAACGGAGCCUGCACCAUCAGGAACAUCUUGCUGCAUUAAGAGAGAUGCAGGUGGCAGACAUUGAGCAGCAGGAGCUGAACCGUGCCCAGAGGGAGCGCCACUUGCAGAUGGCACUGGAAGAGGCCAAACAAGCGAGGGAGCAGGAAGCGGCCUUAAGGGCAGAGGAACACUCUCAGACGGCUGCUUUCAAUCAAGCAUUCCUCAAUGUUAUGGGGAUGCUUGUCCAGGCAAUGAGUGGCCGACGGGAAUAGAACUCUCUUGCUGACUAAUGCCAUAGGUGUUUUU